AUGGUGAGAGAAUACCUCGACGUCUUCCCUGAUGAGCUUCUAGGACUCCCACCUUCUAGGGAGAUUGACUUUGCCAUCGAGCUAGAGCUAGGCACUACUCUUAUAUCUAGAACUCCUUAUAGAAUGGUCCCAACUAAGCUAAAGCAACUGAAGAUAAAGGCCGAGCAUAUGAAGCAUUUGCAUCAGGUUUUGGAGACCCUUCGAGUCAAUAAGUUAUAUGCUAAGUUCUCUAUGUGCGAGUUCUGGCUGAAGAAGGUGUCUUUUCUUGGCCACAUCGUAUCUAGUGAUGGAGUUUCUAUUGACCCAGCAAAGAUUGAAGUUGUUACCAGUUGGCCUCGACCGUCUACAGUCAACGAGGUUCGUAGUUUUCUAGGUCUAGCAAGUUAUUACAGGAGGUUCGUGGAAGGCUUCUCUUGUAUAGCUAGUCCCUUGACCAGGAAGGGGACUCCAUUUGUUUGGAGCCCAGCUUGUGAGACUAGUUUUCAGGAGCUUAAGUCGAAGCUUGUGUCUGUGCCAGUCCUUACAGUACCAGAUGGAUCUGGAAGUUUUGUGAUUUACAGUGACGCCUCAAAGAAAGGGCUGAGUUGUGUUUUGAAGCAGCAAGGUAAGGCAAAUGUGGUAGCUGAUGUGCUUAGUAGGAAGGAGUCGCAUUCAGCAGCGCUUAUCACCAAGCAAAGUUCUUUGCUUAGAGACUUUGAAAAAGCUGAGAUUGCAGUUUCAGUAGGGGAAGUUACUUCACAGUUAGCUCAGUUGUCAGUACAGCCAACCUUCAGGUUGGAUUUCAGCACAACCUUUCACCCUCAGAUGGAUGGUCAGACAAAGCGUUUGAACCAGGUUCUGGAGGAUAUGCUGCGAGCUUGUUUACUGGAAUUAUCAGGGAGUUGGGACUCUCAUUUGUACUUGAUGGAAUUCGCCUACAAUAAUAGGUAUCAGGCUACCAUUGGCACGACACCGUUCGAGGCUCUGUAUGGUAGGUAUUGCAAAUCUCCAGUUUGUUGGGGUGAAGUUGACCCAGUAGCUUACCGCUUGGCGUUGCCUCCAGCGUUUUUUGCAGUUCAUGAUGUAUUCCGUGUCUCUAUGCUGAGGAAGUAUGUCGCAGACCUGAUGCAUGUAGUCGACUUGGAGCCGUUGCAAAUUAAUGAGAACUUGACGUAUGAGGAGCAACCUGUUGAGAUUUUGGCAAGAGAGGUUAAGAUGCUCUGUAAUCGAGGAAUUGCACUAGUCAAAGUUCUUUGGCGGAACCAUGUAGUUGAAGAAGCCACUUGGGAGAGAGAAGAGGAAAUGAAAGCCUAG